GGUCACCGUUUCACAACAGGCUAAACCAUCCCUACAUUCCAGAGGAUGGUUCAACUGUUUAACCUCUUUCGUUACCACAGCUAAGUGAUUCGGUGUCAGGUAAAACCCCCCAUGCACAAAGAAUCAUGGGAACUUCUCUGCUUUUUCCAUUCCUUGAGGACAACACUAAUUUUGUCCCGUGAAGCGAAGAGGUUGCUGGGCACCACAAUGGUGUCAUAGUCCCAGAGCUCCCUCAUGGGCCCAAGUCCGCACCAGGUCUACCAUUCAAAGGAAAGGAGCCAUGAUCAUGGAAAAUUCUAUUGGAUUAAUUUUGACUUGUUAUGCUGAAUUUUUUUCAUUGAUCUUUCCAAUUGACUUCUUGUACUCUUAUUAUAAAACUCAUCCAUAAACAAUUCAAUUUGAUUACGAUUCCUCUUUUCUAUUGUGGCGGGGACUUUUAUAGUUGUGUAGUUUCUUGAUGGUACCGAAAGAUUAGGACAGGCAACAUAGGGCCUUCGUAAGUCAUAAACUUGAAGGCCGUCGCAAGAGAGAGGGGGAGAGAUGCGCAGCCAAAGCAGCUCAACCCCCAACUUUGACCGUUAUUCCACCAAUCCCUUCUCUGCUCAGCCUCAGAACAUUAAAUCAACUAUAGUCUAACAAAUAAUGCCUCCCCACCCGUGUAAAACCCAACGGAGGAAACAUUCAAACUGAAAUUUCAACACGAUAUCAUUUGACCAAGACAUCAACAGCCACUGACGCUAGCCGGCCUUCUAGUACCUCCAAUCCUUGAUAAGUCCGCAUCCCUCAGGCCUUGAAAUUUUCAGCCAAUUUUCUAUCAAACCAAUCAUCCCCUCUUUCUCUGUAUGCUUUCAUCACACAAACAAACGAACAUGAGAUUUCAUGUUCUCUGUGCUGCAAUUUUUCUUCCCCUUCUCACGACAUCAGUCUCUGCGCGUUUCUUCCCAAAUGCACCAUCUAUGCCUCCGUCGUCACCGCCCAACGCCACCACGAGCGGCUGGGAUGCAUUCAAGAAGUUCGCUGGGUGUCAUGCUGGAGAUAAAGCCGACGGCUUAGCCAAGCUCAAAGAGUACUUCCACUACUUUGGCUACAUCCACAAUUCCAACUACACUGAUGACUUCGACGAUGCUUUUGAACAGGCUCUCAAGACUUAUCAACUCAAUUUCAAUCUCAAUACCACGGGACAACUCGACGAAGCCACCCUAAAUCAGAUUGUGAGUCCCAGAUGCGGCAAUGCUGACAUAGAAAACGGCUCCAGUUCCAUGAAUUCCGGUAAAUCCACGCCGUCGACCAGCGGCCAUUUCCACACCGUCGGUCACUACAGCUUCUUCGAUGGCAAGCCUGUCUGGCCGGAGUCAAAGCGUGAUCUGACGUACGGGUUUCUGCCAGACAAUCAGUUGUCGGACACCGUCAAGGCCGUGUUCACAAGCGCAUUUGAGCGGUGGGCGGCAGUAACGCCCUUGACUUUCACGGAAACUGAUUCGUAUUACUCCGCCGAUCUCAGGAUUGCAUUCUACACCGGAGACCACGGCGACGGAGAGCCUUUCGACGGAGUGUUGGGAACCCUAGCACACGCCUUCUCUCCUACGAACGGACGGUUCCACUUGGACGGAGAGGAGAAUUGGGUAGCUACAGGCGACGUCACAACAUCGUCUAUAUCUUCGGCGAUCGACCUGGAAUCCGUGGCGGUUCACGAGAUUGGGCAUCUGCUUGGGUUAGGGCACUCGUCGGUAGAAGAAGCGAUCAUGUACCCAACGAUCACCUCACGGACAAAGAAGGUGGAGCUUGCUAGUGAUGACAUUGAGGGGAUUCAGGAAUUGUAUGGCAGUAAUCCCAAUUACAAUGGUUCCUCUACGUCGCCGUCUCAGGAGAGCGAAACCACUAAUAAUAGCGGGGCCUACACUGCAGCUCCACGGUGGAGUUUUGGGAUCCUUUUGGCCGUUGGAUUUGGUUUGUUGAUGUUGUGAGCUUUGUAAUUAAUUUUUAUUUUUAUUUUUAUUUUAUUUUUAGAUAGAGUGGUAUACGCAUACACGUGUGAUGUAUGAGAGUUGAUUUUGUGUUCAUACAUGAUACAUUACAGUAUAUAUAUUAUUAUUCAGUGAUUUUUCAGAAGGAUUAUCAGCUUUCCUUACUGCAAAUAAAGUACAGGUUUAUGCA